AUGCCGCCCCCCGGCAUCAACGCCGGAGACUCUGGCGAAGAAGAAAAUCUUUCAGACGACUCCAUGUGUCGGGACCAGGAUGACGCCCAGGCCUUUCUGCAGCCGGCCAUGAGCGCCGCCGCCAGCCAUUUGACCUCGUUGCGCACUCCCGCCACCGAAAAGGCUGCUGCGCUGCGGAGGCCACAAGUCGACAGCUACUUUGAUGAGCCUCAGACAUACGGCGACGACGACGGAGAUGGGGACACGACGCCGGAAGCACCAGCAGGAGCAUCAGCUCUGCCUCAAUCGACGCCUCCGCUGCCGGAAACGCAACUCAAUGGAAAGCCUGUUCCUAUGCUGGGGCCUGUGCCGCUGGCCUCGCCGCGACGACACAGUCCGCCUUCGCCGUGGAAGUCUCAGCAGUCGACCAAGGAUGGAAAGCCGUUUAGCGAGGCCCGCGGGAUUCUCCAUGCGGCCUUUGAGCCCACCCGCCAACGAUCACGGUCAGCGGGCCAGGAGGCCUUGAAGAAGCUGCAGCAGGCAUUCCCCUCGCAUCUGCUCCCGUCAUUGCCAAAGUCGCUGCCAAAGUCGUUGCCCAAGUCGUUGCGGCCGAGCCGGCCUGACGCUUCCCGGCGGCGCGGCCACGCCUCGUCGGAUUCUCCUCCUCGAGACGCCCCUGAUUCUCCAUCAAGUCCGGAUGCCAACCCUGCUGGCUCUUCCUCUGCAGCUUCAAGACCGCCGCUGCUGCGCAGGACAACGUCUGACGACAGCAUGCUGUACCACAGCCUGUCCCGCGCCUCGUCUCUGGGCGACGACGACCGCUUCACCGACGUCCGCGACAUGGUCAACGUCCGCUUCAUGGCCAUCAAGCACAGCCUGCCCGACGUGCCCAACUUCAAGAUCCCCAGCAUCCCGGGCCUGGCCGGGCUGCAGGCCAUCUCCCGCAAGUCCACAAUCUCCCUCAACGGCAUCUUCUCCAACGAAUCCGCCAACCACUCCAAGCAGAACCUGGACUCUGCUGCUGCUGCUGCUUCCAAGGAGAUGCCCAAGGAAGCCCCCAUUGACGACUCCGAGCGCCUGGACCGCGUGCUGGAGGAGCUGACGGGCGACAUCGUCGUCAUGGGCGGCUACCGCGGCUCGAUCCUGCGGUCUGCCGAGCCGCCGCACCAGCAGCUGUGGGCGCCGGUCAAGCUGGGGCUCAACCUGCGCAAGGCGAACCUCGAGGUCGGGCUGGACGACGCGGACGAGGAGACGAUGGAGGAGCGCAUCUUCCCGUCGGGCAUGCUGCAGCACAUCGGGCCCAUUGACAUCUCGCGCAAGUUCUUCAAGAAGCUGCGCUCGUGCGACAACGCGCGCGCGGGGCGCCUCCGCGUGUGGGACUACGGCUACGACUGGCGCCUCAGCCCGUCGCGAUCGUCGGCGCGGCUGCUCGACUUUCUGCGCGGCCUGCCGUCGAACCAGCCCGGCGUGCCCGUCGAGGCCCGCGGCGCCGUCGUCGUCGCGCACAGCCUCGGCGGGCUCAUCACGCGGCACGCCGUCAACCGGCAGCCCGACCUCUUCGCCGGCGUGCUCUUCUGCGGCACGCCCAUGCGGUGCGUCAACAUCCUGGGCCCGAUGCGCAACGGCGACGCGGUGCUCUUCAACGACAAGCUGCUGACGGCGCAGGUCAACUUCUCCAUCCGCACGUCGUUUGCGCUGCUGCCCGACGACGGCUUCCUCUUUGUCGACAAGUACACGGGCGACGAGUAUCCCGUCGACUUCUUCGAGCCCGACAACUGGGUCAAGUACCAUCUGAGCCCGUGUGUGGCGCCGCCGCUGCCGCCGUACAACCAGCCGCCGCCGCACUCGCCCCUGGCCGCCUUUUUCCCGAAUGCGCUGCUGCGCCCGAGCAACAUCCCGCCCUCGUCCCAAGCCCCCUAUUCCCACUCCCACGACACAAACACCAACCUCCCCCCUUCCCCCCCCUCGCCCUCCAUCGACCCAGCCCUCUUCCGCCGCAACUACGAAUACCUCACCCGCACCCUCGCCUCCGUCAAGCAGUUCCGCUCCGAGCUCGUCCACAACCAGGCCCACCAAGACGCAAACGCCUACCCGCCCCUGGCCGUCAUCUACGGCAAAUCCAUCCCCACCGUCUACGCCGCGCACGUCAACGGCCGCGACGCCAUCCCCUGCUCCGACGCCUACGACGAGCUCGUCUUCCGCCCGGGCGACGGCGUCGUGCUGGCGAGGGAGAGCAUGUUGCCCGAGGGCUACUCGAUUGCAAAGGGCGGGCGCGUGAGCACGGAUCGCGGGCAUGUGUCCAUUUUGACGGACAUGCCGGCGCUGGGCAAGGCGUUGGGCGCGUUGGUGAGGGGGAGGAGAAAGGGGAUUGGAUAUGGGUCGGUGUCUGAAGCAGCGGGGACGACGACGACGACACAGCAGGAUAAUUGA